AGUUGACUUAGCCCAGCACGUUAGAGUGCUCAUUACAAAGCGGCCGCGGGAAAAUCAGAGGGGAGAAAUUAGGGUUUAGUCCUGUUUUUUUUGUUUGUUCUUCAACUGUGUGAGGAGAUUAGUGAAUUUGUCGUUUGAUUUGUACUCAGUUUAAGGGGUAUUUUUCAAUUCUAGUCAUCUCUUACCAUCGUGAGAAUUUCAGAUUUUCAGAUUUUGCUAAAUUGAGCAGUGACUAGAAGGUGAGAAUUUCAGGCUAACCCAGAAAGCACAGCUGCUUCGAUCUCUCUCUACUUAUUCUUCAAGGCAAGUCAACAAACUGUAAAGAAUCACCAAAUCAGCCAUGAAGUCGUACGAUGUGGAUGGAACCUCUCUUUUUCUCGCCCUUUACAAAGACGUCAGCAAUUCCAAGGAACUCCUAAAUUUGAUGCACGCUGGAACACUAGAACCUGAAGUAGCAUUUCUUAAUGCAUCACUUAUACCAGAUGUUUUUCCCCUCCUAGCAGCUGCGCAAAAGACUCUUAUCGCCAAAUCAAGAGAUUCACUGACCACACGUACUCUUCAUUCUGAGCUUGUCUUCAACUACUCAGGAUCUAAGCAUAUUACGGAAUCACUGAAAAGAUGUGGUAUCUCCGAAACCACUACCUAUGUUCUUGCUGCCCAGUUUGCUUCUCCUGAUGAGAUGAAAGCUGUUGACAAGCUUAUAGAUGGGAAAGAGAUUGACUUGGAAGAGUUGGCAACAGGAGCAAACAACGCCCAAAUCCAGAAGCACUUCAAAAUAUCUGGUCUGGAACUUGGAAUAUCAACACUUGCAGAUGCCAUCACAUGUCGAAUCGCUGCACGAGAUGCCUUGUAAGGACACCCUUAAGGAGGGUUGUCUAGUUUAAAAACGAUCCUUGCCGUCUUUUCUAGGAAAUUGUUUUGAUAUCAUUCUGUGCACAAGUAUCAAUGUUUGUAAACUAAUCAAUCGGGAGUGAAAAUAGAAGACUUGGUCAUUUGAAAACUUGUAACCGUAUCAGCUCUGCUAAAACAAGACUUUAAAGACUUGGUGGUUCCAAAUAGUGAAGUUCUGGUUAAUUGAUCUGAUUGCCAGAGAAACAAACCAUCUUCAUAUGAAAUUUGCUGUACAAGAGCAAAGAAAUGUCCAUGCUAGGUUUCUCGUGGUC